GUGUAAUGCAGCACUUUUACCUAGGACUCUGAUCAUGAUGGAGGCAGAUAUUGUGACCGUAAAAGUACAUUAUUCGUAUCAUGGCGAACCUAGGUGUUCGCCAUUUCCAACGGCUCUAAAAGACUUAGUAAACUUGGGAAGGUGUGGAUUUGUUGCAUUAAUUAAGCAAAAUGUGCAAUAUAUCCGUCGAUAUGAUAGUGUUAGGCUUUCGUAUUUUGAUGAAGAUAAAGUGUGGGUUGAUUUGACAGAUGAAAGUUUCAUGGAUUUUCUAAAAACUACAACGUGCACUGGCGGAACUGAUCAGCCGAAACUUAAUGUAAAAGUGUUUGAUGGAGCUUCUCCGGCAACUCCCGUUGCAAAACGACAAAAAAGAAUUGAAACCGAUGGCUACUCACGACGGAAGUUGGAAGAAGUAUUUAACAAUUCUAACCUUACAGAAACAAGAUCGGGUACACCAGAGUUCACGUACAAAUCUCCUGUUGCUAUUGACAUUGCCUUGAAAGAAGAGGAACUAGAACUAAAACGUUGUGAACUUCGUAGUCUAGAGACAGCAUACGAUGAGAAAUGCGAAAUGUACAAUUUAAACAUCAUAAAAGAUAAAAGUAAGAAAAGAUGUACAAAAUGUCACCUCAGAACCAAUCAUACGCAAAGAAGCUGUGAUUUGGGCCAGUGUGAGGAUGUUCGCCAGUGCGGCGAGCUGGAUUUUCAUCAUGAGGAAAAAAACUACCAUUAACGAACUUAUUAGAAGAAAACAAAAUGUUGAAAAGGAUAUAAAAACAAUUGAAUUAGAGCUGAAAGUGAAAAAGGAGGCGCACAUUUCUACAGCCAAAACGUUUGAGAGACAGAUUAGGGACUUUGUCAUUAAUAGCAAUCCGGAGAAAUAUUUGGUAAAUGGUACCGGACCAGGAGUGAUAAACAUUAAACUGCAGGCUGAUAUUGCAAUUUUAAAGAAACACUACAGUAGCAAAGUACCACGUGACUUAGAACGGGAGUCGCAUUAUUUCCAGACUGUCAUUGCACAGAAAGAUAACAGCUAUCGUAAAAAUUGUAAACUAAAAAAACCCUGUUGAGAAACGUUUAGAAACAAACCCAGUUUUUCCGGUGAGGUUUCCGAAACCAACGGCAACAGUUGGUUCACAAGACAAAAUGGACGAAUCUACACCUUUUGCGUCACCAUUUGAUGUAACCCGACAUGGACAAGUUCCAACACCAUUGUAUUUUCCGUUUCAGUUUAUGGCACCAAACGGGCCUCCUCUACAUAUACCAGGGAUAACGACACCGUUUCCCGUGACCACAAAUGACUGCCAAAGGCAAUCCGGACAACCA